CGCGCGUGCUCUCAUGUCGUUCGCACUCUUGUUCUCUCUCAUUUCCUUGGGCUGUGAUGGGGUGCCUGGAGUGAGGCGGAAAAGUUCACCCUACUCCCCCAUAGUUUUCCACAAGGAUCGGGGAAAGUGUAAACAAACAUUAUCGCGCCCAGAGAGGCGGAGAGUCGAAAAUCCGAAUGACGUUUUGGUGCGGGUGGUGAUCUCAUACUAAAGGGACGACGUGUUUUAUGUUUCAGUGAUACAGUGAAGAUUGGAGUGGCGAGUCGUUGCCUUACCUAGUACCUAGACACAGCACUUCUCGGUAUUUCAGCAGCGGUUCGUAAUAAGGACACUAUAGUGUGAAGCCAUUUUCCUAGAAUAUUGUGAUUCGGCAACUAUAAUCAAGGGAUUUUACUCAGUGUUCGGUUCCUUUGAGCUGAGCAAUACUGAGAUUUAGGUACGUUGCCGAAUCGGAGACGGAAACGUGGUUUUCUGAAAAACUACACUUCACAAUUCGGGUGGAUCGAUUUUUCACCCAUACUCGAACAGCACCAUAACCGAUUUAGGAUUCGAAAUUAGGAACAAUUUCAACGCUCCCACCGUAUAUCAUAAUAUCCAUAAUCAAUUUUUGCCCGAACAAAAAGCGCAUUUGGCGACAACUUAUUCAUAGCUUCUAGUGCUGUCGGAAGGAAGAAAGAAAAUCUACAAGAGUAUUUCUAUUCAUCCGACUUCUUCUUUGCAAGCAGAAGCAACUCUCGCACGCGUCAUCCUCGGAGUAGUGGCAGGAGGAGGAGGACACCAGCAGCAGCGGCAAGCAACAAAAGGCUUCAAAAUAGGUCAGCUUAACAGCAUUCGCUUCAACGAAGACGGAACGGCCAGGAUGCACGAGGGCGAAAUAGUGAUAAAGAAGGUCCAGGGGCACGUGCCGAAGUCGGGUGCCCCGCGGGAAAAACCUCCCACCAAGGACGCGACCAUCACCUACCGGUUGACCCGGGAUGACAUCUCCGGCGGACCGGUCAAUCUGGACGAAAUCGAACCGGGCCUGUGGCUGGGAAACGUGACGGCGGCUGCCGAUUUGCCCACGCUGGAAAAGCUCGCCAUUCGAAGUGUGCUGACGAUCGAUUCGUGUCCGCUGCCGGCCCACGUGACCGAGAAUCCCGGCCUGCGGGUGAAGUACAUUCAAGCUUCUGAUGUACCAAGGGAAGAUCUAAUUAAGCACUUUGAAGACACGAACAACUUCAUUCGGGAAAGCUUGGAAGAAGAGCGAAAUGUGCUGGUUCAUUGCUACUUUGGUGUGAGUCGCAGUGCCACCAUAGUGAUCGCCUACAUCAUGAACAAAUACAAACUAACCUACGAUGCGGCCCUGCAGCGGGUCAAGUCCAAACGGCGAUUCGUGAUGCCCAAUCCGGGCUUUAUUAACCAGUUGAAACUGUUUAGCAUCAUGAACUAUCGGAUCGAUCCGCAGAACGAGAAGUACAAACUGUUCCGGCUGAAAUUGGCGGCGGAUAACGUACGAAAAGCCAAACGUCUUCCGGUGAACUGCAUGGAUGUAGUGAAGCCUGAUCCGGCCGUCACGCAGGAAACGCCCGAACCGAUUGUCUACCGGUGCCGUAAAUGUCGCCGCGUGGUCGCCACCAAGAGCAAUCUCCUAACGCACAAGCAGAAACCUCCAGGCCAUUCACCAGCCAAGCACCACAAUUCGUUCGGCGACGUAGCUGGAUUGAACGACGAUGAAUCCGACACCGAACAGCAGCUAUCCAAGGAAGACGGAGUCGCUCCUUCCGGCUCGGCAGAAGGUACGGCGGCUGACAGCGCAGCAACGGAGGAGAAGGUCUCUUGCAAAGAGAGCGUGCCAUCGAUGAGCCACGUGACGGAGCAGAUGCGACGCAGCUCGAUCAGCAGCGACCAGAGUCAACGGUCAUCGGAGAAGGACGGGAUUUGCAGCAAGAUCUACUUCACGGAACCGCUUGCCUGGAUGACCGACAUCUUCCACAACACCCAGGGCCGGCUGUACUGUCCCAAGUGCACGGUCAAGCUCGGCAGCUUCAACUGGGUGAUGGCCACCAAGUGUCCGUGCGGGGCGGAGAUCUAUCCAGCGUUCUACCUGGUGCCGUCCAAGACGGAGUACUCCACCGUGGUGCAGAACGUGCAGGUGACGGUGUAAUUGCGGUCGGGAGGUUGAGGGAAGGUAGGUUUUACUUUUUUGGGAAAGGCGCUGUGAAAGGCGGCAUGCGAUUGCGAAUUUAUUUUAUCUAGUUCAAUUGCGGAAGAAAGUUUAAAGAGAGUUGGAGGCUGUAGGCGCACACUUUAGGCAAAAUUCUUACCGCCGAAAGCUCGGGAACAAGUUCUAUCGCAUCUGGGAAAAGUUUCACCUAGUCGAUUGUAGGUAUUGUAUAGUUGGUGAAGUUUUUAAAGUGUGGAUCAAUGCGAACAGCAGGCACAAAUAAAAUCAAAUUGAAUAUCUUCCUAAUCAGUACACAAACAUUAGCUUGGUCACAUUGACUGAUGGAUAAAAUUCUUGAGGUAGCGUGACGACGACAGCUAUGCUGUGUGCUUUUCUAUCUCGUAGGCAAAAUACAUUUAUAUAAUGCUAUAAAGGUACAUUAAGUCUGGUUCACUUCGAGAGGCGGAACAUGCUUGAAGAGAAUGUGCAAGUGGAGUCUUCAAGCGACGCGGAACUGCUAAGUGAAGAAUUGACCACGAAUCUUAUUGAACACUAAGGCAACACCAGGAUCAAGAACAACAAUAGCUGAAAUUGGAAGGACACGGUGGGCAGGGCAUUACGUGAGAAUGUUGGAUAACGACUUGUGCUGGCCUCGAAUUCGAUUCAUGAAAGAAAUCAAGACAAGGGUCUACAUAGUCGCAAGGAUUCAUUCCCGAAUAUUUAGCAAGACCUUGCUGACGGUGUCUGGGUUCGAUUACUGGUCCUUCCAGAAGCUUUUCUGAACGGCAACUAGGUACAGCCAACCCUUUCUUGUUUCGUGAAAUGAUUGACUCAGUGGAUAUACCCUGAUUGGUAUGUCUCUAAAUUAAAGUGUAUAAAGCUAAAAUGUGCGGUACCGACUGCCGCCACGCUACGACCUAGGGCAACUGACAUAACCGGAUGCCGCCUCAGUAUUUGCAAGGAAUCUAGAGGCAUCCUUGCCAGACGAGGGCGAGCUCCAUGAGAACUGCUGGAGUACGUAAAAGCCGUCAUCCAUGAUGCUACCUAGAGCAUCGAAGAAACUAUUUGGUUCGACGAGGAGUGCAAAGAGAUUUUGCAGGAGAAGAAUGCAGCGCAGCCAAUAAUGCUGCAGCGUAGGACCCGACAGAAUGUGGAACGUUACAAAUGGAAGCAAAAGCAGCAGCCCGCCUUUUUUUGGGAGAAGAAACGCUGUCUGAAAAAGCGGAACGCGAGGAAAUAGAAUUGCUAUGCCGUUCUCGAGAUUCAUAGAAGUUCUGGCUACGUGACGCGAAUCGAAAUGUGCCAUGGUAAGGACGGGCGCCUUAUGACGGACCGACGUGAGGUGAUCGAAAGGUGGAAGCAGCACUCCGACGAACACCUGAAUGAUGUAGAGCAUGCAGGUACUGCAGCCGGAAGAAUGCGGUGGGCCAUGCUUCAUUAAUGCAGAAAAACAACCCUGCAAAGUUGGUUUGCCGCAUAUUUGGUUGGCACAAGCAGAGAUAGCAUGCUCCUCA